CGUACCAUUGGAUCCGAUGUCCGUAGCGGUGGGCAUCCCCUACGUAUGUUUCUUCAUAAUUCUCUCAGUCGUCGGAAUUAUUGGAAAUGUGAUUGUGAUCUAUGCGAUCGCAGGUGAUAGGAAUAUGAGAAAGUCUGUGAUGAAUAUCUUGUUGCUCAAUUUGGCAGUGGCAGAUCUUGCCAAUUUAAUAUUUACAAUACCUGAAUGGAUACCGCCCGUCUUUUUUGGAAGUACUGAUUGGCUCUUCCCAUCAUUUCUGUGUCCAGUAUGCAGGUACUUGGAAUGUGUUUUCCUAUUUGCAUCAAUCUCCACACAAAUGAUUGUUUGCAUUGAAAGAUACAUUGCAAUAGUCCUCCCAAUGCAGGCUCGCCAGCUGUGUUCCCGCCGAAAUGUUCUGAUAACAGUGCUUGUUGAUUGGAUCUUUGUCGCCUGUUUUGCAUCUCCAUAUGCUGUGUGGCAUUCCGUCAAGACUACCACCUGCUCCAACACAGUUGGAAAAUCCACUUGGUGGCAAGGAUACAAGCUGACCGAGUUCCUCGCCUUCUACUUUGUACCAUGCUUCAUCAUCACAGUAGUUUACACAAAAGUUGCAAAAUGUCUGUGGUGCAAGGAUCCGACACUUCAAUGUGAAACUCGUUCGUGCCUGGACAACAAGUCAUCAUCACGAAGCUCCGAUGCUCUCCGUACUAGGAGAAAUGUCGUCAAAAUGUUGAUUGCAUGUGUGGCAGUGUAUUUUGUGUGUUAUUCGCCGAUUCAAGUGAUAUUCUUGUCGAAAGCUGUCCUAAACGUGACAAUCCAUCCUCCAUACGACUUCAUCCUCCUCAUGAAUGCUCUUGCAAUGACUUGCUCGGCGAGCAACCCUCUUCUUUACACCCUCUUCUCACAAAAAUUCCGUAGAAGGUUACGUGAUGUCUUGUACUGCCCGUCUGACGUGGAAAAUGAGACAAAAACCUACUAUUCAAUCAAUAACACCUCAAUCGUCGGUCCACGGGCUAGUUUUAAUUGAUUUUUUUUAAAUUUCAAACGAAAAGCAUGCGAUUUUUGAUUUCUGAUUUUUAAUUUCUUUUCCCAUUUCUCUCUCUCUCUCUCUCGAUCUCUCCCAUAAUUUAACUGUAUAGCUGAUAAUGUCUGUGUUGUGAGUCACUUUUAUUGUGACCAAUUCCUAUUGAUUAUUGUGAAUAAACAUGGUUUUUCUG